AUGGCCAUGGCUUUCAAGAUGGCGACCACUGGAAUGUGGGUAACGGAUGAGUGCAAGAACUCGUUCAUGGAUAUGAAGUGGAAGAAGGAGCACAGAUACAUAGUGUUCAAGAUCGACGAGGGAUCCAGGGUGGUCACCGUUGAUAAACUGGGUGGCCCCACCGAGGGCUACGAUGAUCUCACUGCUUCCUUGCCCACCGAUGAUUGCCGAUACGCAGUCUUCGACUUCGACUUCGUCACCGUCGAUAACUGCCGCAAGAGCAAGAUCUUCUUCAUUGCAUGGUCUCCAGCAGCAUCAAGGAUUAGAGCAAAGAUUCUGUACGCAACUUCCAAGGAUGGGUUGAGAAGAGCACUGGAUGGAAUCAGCUAUGAACUCCAAGCCACGGAUCCAACCGAGAUGGGAUUCGAUGUGAUCAGAGACAUAGCCAAAUAG